CUAUAUCCAGACGUCAGUGACUCCUAUACUUUUAACACCAACCUUGUCCCCAGGACCUCUGCGUAAGGAACAAAGUUUCUAAAACUCGUGUAACUAGUAUUACUUGUAGAAGAUUCAGUAAAACUAUAAACACAUCAUGUCAUGUCCAUCUUGGUUACAACAUCCAUUGAAAGGUUUACUCUUGGAUAUUUAUGGCGUGUUGAUUAACAGUACCGAUGCUGGUCCCAAAUUAAUAGAUGGGUCAUUAGAUGCUGUGCAAAGACUAAAAUCUGCUUCGAUUCCUCUUCGCUUCUGUACAAAUGAAUCACAGCUAUCGCAAGAGAAAGUAGUGGAGCGUCUUCGCUCACUUGGUUUUCCUGUGGAAGCACAUGAAGUAUUCUCGCCCAUCCCAGCUGUCAAAAACAUUUUGCAUAAAAGAAAUCUCCGUCCAUAUACAAUACUUCAUGAUAAUGCGAGAGAUGUCUUUAAUGAAUUCGAUCAUGCAAAUCCGAAUUGUGUUGUUAUUGGUGAUGCUGGGAAAAACUUCACGUAUGAUGCACUAAACGAGGCGUUCCAUGUAUUGAUGAACCAUCCUGUCUUGAUCACAAUGGGUUAUGGAAAGUUUUACAAAGAAAAUGACCAACUUGUACUGGAUGUUGGAGCAUUUUCUAAAGCGCUUGAGUUUUCGUGCAAUGUUACACCAACCAUUGUUGGAAAACCGUCUGAAGAUUAUUUUAAAACAGCUUUAAACGACAUGGGUGUGACUCCUAGCGAGGGAAUGAUGAUUGGGGAUGACAUUGUUGGUGAUGUUGGCGGUGCACAAAAUUGUGGUAUGCGUGGUGUGCAAGUGCGCACAGGAAAAUACAGAUCAACCGACGAACCACAUUUAACUGUCAAACCAGACGGUUAUGUUGACAACUUGAAAGAAGCUGUUGAUCUGAUACUAAAAUAUCAACAUUAACAUUUUUCCUAUCUUGACUGUUACCAAUGUAAUGUGGAAAACAAGAAUCAGAGAUAGUUAGCAACUUUGAAGAGCAGCGAGAGGCGGAAUCGACAUAAAAGCAGUUUACAACAGUUUGUGAGAAAAGGUUUUUAGAUUAAAUACAUAUUACAUUUUUUUAGCUAUUUAUUCA